AUGGAAGAACCUUUAAUUUAGAAUGAGGAAAUUGAAUCAAAAAUUCCAAAUGAAAAAGUCAUGACAAGACUCAUCAAAGGCGAGUUUAGGUUUGAGAGAAGACAGUACAUAUUUUUAAACGUUAAUACUGUGAAUUUAGUGUUAACUAUUUAUAACCUGAUUGGUCCUAUCAAUAUUGAAGCCCAGAAAUCUUUAAUCUUUUAUGAGGAUACUAGAGUACCUUUAAAUGAUCAGGACUUCACUUUGAUGAAUUUAUUAAAUGCCUUGAUUGUAGUUCAUCUCUUGAGAAUCUUCACUUGUUUAUUGGGUUUCUUCAGUGUUUCAUAGAAAUCCGGUAAAAUUAUGACUUAUUUUAUGAUUAUGUCUACAGUGUGUGUGCUUUGUAGAGGAAUCAUAUCCUUAUUGAUUGUGCUAAAUUAUACAGCAAUAAAAGAUACUUGUAAUUUGAUUUUUGGAGGUGGAACUGAUGACAUCGGUUCAUUAAUGGCAAUGUAAUUUUUAGUUGUACUUAUACUUUUUGUAAUUGCAGAAAUAUUGCUUGCUUUGAUCUCAUUAAUAUAAUGUUCAAAAACUAAGGAGGAAUAUAGAAUUUGGAUUAAGCAUAAGGAGAAAAUGAUGAAGAAUUAUGAAUUGUGCUAUGAAGUCGCCAUUUGUUAAUUAGAUGAAUGAUUAUUAAAUAUCUGUAACAUUCAAUUUCACAUAUUAUAAAUUU